CUAAAAAAAUUGAAGCUCAUCACACCCACGAGAGAUAAGGAAGUCUGAUCUCCAGCUUACAGGUGGGGAAACUGAGGCACAAAAAGCACCCAAGCUCCAUGAGCCGUCUAAGUGUCAUUGAAUGUCAGUUGGAAUUUUGGCACUUUUGAAAGGGGGACUUAAGCUGCUGUCACUGAGGGUUUUUUGAAAAUUUUACCCACAUGGCUUAAGUGACUCAUCCAAGGUCACAAAAGGUGACAGUGGCACAUCCAGGAACGGGACCCAGUUCUUCUAACUCCUAGGGCUCUAGCUUAGUCACUAGCCCACAAUUCCUCCCUGGUCUCUUUUGGCCAUUAAUACAUUGUGCAACGUAUUUGACAAUAGAGUUCUCGUCAUUACAGUUGGUGGUCGCAGCCACUUGACCCCUUGGUAUCACUGACCCAAUGUUAAAAUGUGCCCUCCACCCUUUAACAAAGACUUAGGAUGAGGUUUUCCAAAGCACUCAGCACUGAGCUAACUCUGCUCCCAUUGAAAGCCCUGGUCAAACUCCAAUCGACUGCAACAGGAGCAGAGUAGCCCAGCCCCGAGCCCAUUUUGAAAAGCCUAUUAAAGGAGACUAGCACCAAAGUGACUGCAAUAUAAUCAUUUUAUUAAAUAUUAAUAUUCUUUGGUUCCUGACUGUGGUCCCAGUAGUAGUGCAUGACUCUCAUGAGAGAGGCUGUAUGGAAGUGGAGGCGUUCAAUUUCAAGGAUCCCAGCGUGCCUUAACAGACUGUAGGCAUAGCCAUUGCUCAUCCACCCCUGAAGAGCAGCCACCUCUUGGAUGAACUAUGGCAGCUCCUGUGUGCCAGUAGCAGCCCCGUAUUUUAGAAGGGAAUGUGGAGGCUAACUAUCCAACUGGAGCUACAGGGGGAGUUCUAGGUAAGCAGAAAGGAACUAUCCUGGUUGGAAUUGGCCAGAGCAUCAGGUUGAGUUCUCCUAUUCUUGUGAAACUCCUCUUCUGAAAAAUACGCUGGCAUUUUUGGGGACCAGGAGCCCUUUCCACCUGUGCUGUGUGCAAUGUGCAGGAGUGGAACCAUUACUUUAGGACUUUGGCAGUACUCAGGGAGGUUUCUGAUGUAGCAUCUUUGCCCCGCCUGGGGACCGCAGAGAGCAGAACAGGCAGGCGGUGGGUAUGAUUGGUCUGUUUCAUAGGCCGGGGACCCAAACCUAUGGAUCUCUACACAACUGGUCAGAGGAAAUCUCCCUCCAUUCUUCCCUCAGUCCUCAUUACGCAUGGCAAUGACUCUGUGGCUGGCUGACAAAUGUUGCCUGACACGGUCUGUCUGUAGAUGGGGCACUGAUGGCAUAUGCACCAGGGGAGAAGGAUGACCUUGUGGUUAAGGCACGGGAGUGGGACUUGGGAGAUCUGGGCUCAGUUUCUGAGACAGACUUCCUGUGUUACUCUGGGCAAGUCACUUACUUUAAAUGCAGUUUCACAUCUGUAACAGGGGGAUUGUAAUACCUCCUUUUCCCCACCCUUUGCCUUGUCUAUUUAGACCAUAAGCUCUUUGGGGGAGAGUGACUGUUUUUUGUCCAGCGCCGAGCACAAAGAGGAACUUGCUCUACCAACAAUACAAACACACUCGCAGUGUGCUAGGCACUUUGCAGAUCAGAUAGAUGGACACACUCUAGUGUGAAGAUUCUACAGUCUAAUGGACAUGCUGUGAUAGGUGGGUGCUGGAGUUUUUCUCUCCUUCCUUCCCUUGACCCUCCACCUCCCAUUUAUCUCUGUGAUCACUGAAGCUUUUGCUACUGCACGUGAGGCAGAACAAUGCCUUACCCAUACCGGCACUCGAGACCGCGGUCUCCCCCUCUACCUCAGAAUGCUCGUGCCACACACUCCUCUGGCCAGACAUAUGAGGAGCUGAAGCGCCAGUGCCAGCAGAAGGGGACCCUAUUUGAGGACUGUGACUUCCCAGCCAAUAUCUCCUCUCUCUUCUACAGCGAGAAGCCACCCAUCCCCUUUGUAUGGAAAAGGCCUGGGGAAAUUGUUAAAGAUCCACAGUUUAUAGUUGGAGGAGCCACAAGAACUGACAUUUGUCAAGGGGAUCUUGGUGACUGCUGGCUAUUAGCAGCUAUAGCUUCUCUGACACUGAAUGAAAAAACAUUAGCCAGAGUUGUACCUCAAGAUCAAAAUUUUGGUCCGGGUUAUGCUGGAAUAUUUCACUUUCAGUUUUGGCAGCACAAUGAGUGGCUGGAUAUUGUUAUUGAUGAUCGAUUACCCACAUUUAAAGACCGCUUGGUUUUUCUACACUCGGCUGAACACAAUGAAUUCUGGAGUGCCUUACUGGAAAAAGCCUAUGCCAAGCUGAAUGGGAGUUAUGAAGCCCUAAAAGGAGGCAGUACACUAGAAGCCAUGGAAGAUUUCACUGGAGGAGUUGGAGAAAUGUACGAAGUCAAAAAGGCUCCAGAAAAUUUCUAUGAAAUCUUGGGAAAAGCUCUUGAAAGAGGUUCAAUGGUGGGCUGUUCUAUUGAUACCAGCAGCGCGGCUGAGUCAGAAGCGCGAACCCCUUUCGGCCUCAUAAAGGGUCAUGCUUAUUCAGUAACUGGCAUUGACGAGGUGACCUACCAAGGCCGAAAGGUGCAACUCAUACGGCCAAGAAAUCCAUGGGGGCAAGUGGAGUGGAAUGGCCGUUGGAGUGACAAUUCUUCUGAAUGGCAGUCAGUCAGCCCAUCGGAGCGAAAACGCCUGUGUCAGACAGUGCUAGAUGAUGGAGAAUUCUGGAUGAACUUUGAAGACUUCAAAGCACAUUUUGAUAAAGUUGAGAUCUGCAACCUCACCCCAGAUGCUCUUGAGAACAAUGCUACCAACAAGUGGGAGGUGACAGUCCAUCAAGGGAGCUGGGUCAGGGGUUCCACUGCUGGAGGGUGCAGAAAUUUUCUAGACACCUUUUGGACCAAUCCACAGAUCAAGCUGCGUUUGACAGAGAAAGAUGAUGGGCAAGAUGAAUGCACGUUUAUAGCAGCUCUGAUGCAAAAGAAUCGACGUAAACUCAGGAAACUCGGUGCUGAUAUGCUGACAAUUGGCUAUGCUAUUUAUGAGAGCCCUAGCAAAGAUGGACACUUGAACAAAGACUUUUUCAGAUACCACCCUUCCAAGGCAAGGAGCAAAACCUACAUUAAUUUAAGGGAAGUCUCUGACCGAGUCAAGUUGCCACCUGGGGACUAUGUUAUUGUUCCUACUACUUUUGAGCCACACCAGGAAGCUGACUUCUGCCUGAGAAUCUUCUCUGAGAAAAAAGCCAUCACAGAGGAUGUGGAUGAAAACGUUGACAUUAAUCUCCCAGAGCCCCCUAAACCAACCCCACCGCAACAAGAAACCGAAGAAGAAAAACAGUUCCGGGAAUUGUUUAAACAGGUUGCCGGAGAGGACAUGGAGAUAACUGCAGAGGAACUUGAAUAUGUUCUGAAUGCUGUAUUAAAAAAAGCAAAGGACAUCAAAUUCGAGAAAGUAAGCCUCAUGACAUGUAGAAACAUCAUCUCUCUUAUGGAUUCCAGUGGUAAUGGGAAACUGGAAUUUAAUGAGUUCAAGAUUUUCUGGGACAAACUAAAGAAGUGGCUGAGUAUCUACGUUCAUUUUGAUUCUGAUCAUUCCGGCACCAUGUCCUCCUAUGAGCUUCGUAGUGCCCUAACAGAUGCAGGAUUUCAACUCAAUAAUUACCUGCUGCAGCUGAUUGUCCUCAGAUAUUCUGAUGACCGGUUCCAGAUUGAUUUUGAUGACUUCCUAAACUGCUUAAUUCGCCUAGAGAAUGCAAGCCGGGUAUUCCUGGCACUAAGUAAGAAAAACAGAGAAUUCAUUAACCUGAAUAUAAAUGAGUUUAUCACCCUGACAAUGAACAUUUGAAGCUGUCCAACCUGGAUUUCAGCAGGAUCUCAUGAUUGUGCCACUCAACCUCCAACCAAAGAGCUGUUACCCUUUCCAUACAAAUGUAUACAGGUGCUGUGGUGCAAGGGGAACACUUAUUCUUCCCACCCUUUUCCUCCUCCACCCCCAUUACAUUACUGAAUAA